AUUCAGUUUAGAUCUGUCUAUUCAUUUGACUUUAUAAAGUUUCAAUCGUUAUGUGUUUUAUUUCCAAUUUUGGGUUACUCUUAUAAUCUUGAAUGCUAUUUGGGAUAUGGUUCUUUACAUUGCUUUGAUGUUAUCUACAGUUUUUUUUGUUUGUUUGUCACUUGGUGUCCUGUUUAUUAAAUUCGGAUUCGUAUGGAGAAGCCAUGGUGGAGGGAGGUAAUAGAAAUGUUUCCGUAGUCGGGGUCGAAUCCGAGGCCUCUAUUCUUGUGGGGGUUUGUUUGACAAAUCUUUCUUUGUGACCCAUUUCUCACAAUAUUGGGGUUCCUGAGUUUAGUGCAUUGUGGUCACUAAGUUCAGAUGCCGAGUUAGGAUUUUGUGUUUGUGAGUUUCGGAUUCUAGAAAAGCAUUUUAUUGGGUUCUUGAUUAAUUAUUUAUACAUAUUAAGUGAAAACAUAAAUACAAGGUUUGAGCCAAAACUAUUAGGUUCUACCGAACUCGCAAGCAAAGUUGUAGCUGCCUCAGUUGAAUCUCUCUAUUCAUUUGACCUUGGAAAGUUCCAAUUUUUCUAUGUUUUUUAUUUUUUCAAAUUUGGGUUCCUCUUAUGAUCUUGAUACUAUUUGGAAUAUGGAUCUUUACAGUGCUCGUAAUCUUGUUAAGAACUUUGUUAUCACUAAUUUUUUUUCAUGGUUUCUUGUUGCGGUUCUCGAGUUAUUCUUUGAGAUUUUAAGUUUAGUGCAUUGUGGUCACUCAGUUUAGAGCUGUCUAUUCGUUUGACUUUAUAAAAUUUCAAAUUCAUGUUUUUUUUCCUUCCAAUUUUGGGCUCUUAUAAUCUUGAUUAUGAUUUGGGAUAUGCUGCCUUGGCGUUAUCUAUAGUUGACAACCUACCACCAAAGAUUGUGGUAGAGUGGUAAGUACUCAUCCAUUCUUAAUCAAAAGUCUAGGUAUCGAGUUGCUUUUGUAAGGAUUGCUUUACUCCCAAAGUGAGACUUUCCGACAUGAAUCCAGAUUAGAUGGGCCCCAAAAGCAGGGUCUAACUAAACAUCUGCUGGAUCAAUCCAAGAAAAUUUGAAAAAUCAUGGUUCAAACGUUAGAAGCCACCAAAGUCGGUGGAGGUUCGAUUAAAGUAGGAACUACCGGUAAAGUUAGUGCCUUGAUGUCAAGAGAAUUAGAUUCCAAGAAACUGUCUUCUCAGACACCAACAUCAUCUAGGAAUAAAUCUCCUACUGUUUGUGGUUUCAUUGCUGGUAGCGCGACAAGUCCAAAGAGAAUGAAGCCGAGAACAUCAAGUGAUGAAGCAAGCAGCAGUGGAACAACAUCUAAGCAUAACAAUAAAAGCCCCGAAUCGUUAAGGAAGACGAAGCACAACAGCAUAAAAACGCAUCAAAUUCCAAUACUAGAAUCAGAAAACAUUUCAGUAGAUGGAACUCCUAUUAGCAAGAAACCUGACAGAAAGGGACCUUACAUGGUGGAAAUCGUCGAUGUAAAAUGCAGAAGUAUGGACAGAACUUGGGCUACCCCUAUAAAAAAUAGCCUAAAGAAGCUCCGUUUCACAAAGCUAUCUGACAGCUCGGUCUAAGCUAUGUUGCUCAGACUCUCCAAAAAUGCACUACUUUUGAAGAAUCCGGCACGAACCAAGCAACACUUUUGAAGAGUCCAAGCAACAUAGGGUCUAGGUACACAACAAGCUUCAAACAUCAGCCUUUAGAUUCCUGUAAGUGAAUCUUGAAAUACCAGCUGGUUGAUUACAUUCUACAACUUCUACCAUUGAACACAUGCUAGGCAUCAUCAACUUACUAGUCCUUCUUUUCUUGUUGGGAUUCGCGACCAAUGAUCCAAGCCUCGGUCUGCUAGUAGAAGCCACAUCCAAAACUUGACGUGGCUUGUGAGCUAUGCUACUCAGACUCCUCAAAAAUGUCGACUGGUUUUGCAUGUCAGAUACUCCAAAAGUAGUGGGCAGCAUUUUUAUAGAGUUCGAGCAACAUACCUUGUGAGUGUGGUUGUGAUGGUUUCGUUGUAGCUUAUUGAAGUACUCGAUUUCUCGUAACACGAGGGAUCCGACGGUUCCUCUGCUGCCUAUCUCAACAAGAGAAUUAUUUGCAGCAAUCUUCUCAACUUUAUACUCAUAUCUUUGCAUUAUAUGAGGGAAAAUUAUAGUAUGAAGUUGAAAAGAAGUAUUUGUUUUGAUGAGAAUUGGUUGUUUUGGUUAUAAAGUGAAAACUAUAGGCUUGAAUGAAGAUAGGGAGGCCCUAUGAUCACCUUAUUCAUGUGCUUGCAGUUAAAAAAUAGACUUUAAAUUUGCUCAACUUCUAACUACUUGUGCAUUCAUUUAUGUGUUGUUUUUCAACUUUGAAUAGGA